AUGUCGGACCACAACUCCAACAAGCUCUCCUCCACCUUUGCCAUGUCUCCCCUCGCCUCUCACGGCCCCAAGUGGUCCGCGCUCUGGGAGGAAAAGAAAACACCCUGGGACCGUGGUGGCCCCUCGCUUGCUCUCAACGAUUUCCUCCUGAGCCGUCCCAAUCUCGUACCUCCUGUCACAUCCUCUACCGCGCCGAGACCCAAAGCCCUCGUCCCCGGUUGCGGCAAGGGCCACGAUGUCCUGCUGCUGGCCGCCUUCGGCUAUGAUGUUGUCGGGCUGGACUUUGCUCCAGCUGCCGCCAGCGAGGCCAUUGAGAACGAAAAGUCUGUCCGGGAAGCCCUGCGAGAUGGUGACAAGACCGCCGACGUCUACAAGCCCAAGGAGGGCGUUCCGUCAGUGGGCGCCGUAGCCUGGGCCACCGGCGACUUCUUCAGCAAUGAGUGGCUUGAACAGAGCAAUAUCAGCGAGGGAACCACUUUUGAUCUCAUCUUCGACUACACCUUUCUCUGUGCCCUCCCAUUGUCUGCUCGCCCAAAGUGGGCUGCCCGCAUGGCAGCCCUCCUCAACCCCAACGGGGGACGGCUGGUCUGUCUCGAAUUCCCCUCAGGAAAGCCCCUCUCCCAAGUUGGUCCCCCGUGGGGCCUGACCAACGAAACGUACCUCGCACUUCUCGCGCGUCCCGGCGAAGAGCCCACGACAGCCCCCGACGGCAGCAUCAACGUGCCUGAUAUUAGACCCGGCGGCUUGCGCCGUCUCGAGCUUGUCAAGCCCGCUCGCACUCACAAGGCUGGUGAGAACGAAGAUGGAACCGUGCGAGAUUGGCUCCACGUGUGGAGCCUCGUCGGCGCGUAA